UCUGAAGAUGCCACGUUCACAGAUUUAAUAUACUGGAUACAGGGGGGGGGGGACAAAAAACCACCACCACCGUUGUCAUUAGUGAAGAUCCGUUAACUAACGUUGUGGUUUCCCAUCCUUCUUUACGCUUGCCUAGACCCUAUUCUUGCACCACUCCUUAACCAGAGCUGAAGGUGAACACAGGAGCCCCCGGGUUCCUUUCCGGUGCCUUUUCGUGCCAGGCGGACCCGGCCCUGCGGCUGCCUCCGCCAGUUUCUGGCGUUUGGCUGCUUCAGCGGCGCUGUCCCGCAGGGGGCCGAGCUCCCUGCCGCUGCCGGCCGCUCCGGAAGGGGCUGGGCACGGCGCGGCCAAGAUGGUGGCCACCAGGCAGGCAGCGAGGCGGCGGGGACAGGCGCCGCCGGCGGCGGCUGGAGACACCGGCAGCACCCCCGGGCCCCGGCCCGCCGGGGCGGCGGAGAUGACAUCUGCUGAAAUUGGUACUUCUGUAUCUACAAAGAUGCCCAGAAGGAGUAGAGCAAUUUGUAAGCCUGAGGUAAUUAAAGAAUCUCAGCUUGAACAGGUGGAACAUCCAGAAGCAAAAUCAGAUGCCAGUGAUAGCUUAGAGAUAAAAAAUACUAGAAAUGAGAACACAACUGUUCAUUCAGCACAAUCAGCUGCCGAACCCCAGGUUGAUGGGGAUGUGUCAGAAGCAGAAUCAAACUGCUCUGCUAUGUCUGGUCUUCAGACACCUUUGAUUAUAAGAGUAACAAGAAGACGACAGAUUGUAGUUCCUUAUCAACCAGAUUCUCCUGCAAAAAAAAGACAGGACAAGGCUGCUUUUCUAAAUGAGUUAAGCAGGACUCUGGAUGAAGAUGAUGUCUCUGAAGCUGAAUCUUGUUCCGGUGUUGUUUCUGGUAUCCAGAUGCCUAACGUUACCAGGACUACAAGAAAAAGGCAAAGCAGAAAGAAGUUACAACCAGAUCCAGUCUGUGAAGCCCAGAGUGAAGAUAUUUCUGAUGCAGAGUCUUGCUGUUUUCAUAUGGAACAGCCCAUUACUACCAAACGACUUACUAGGAGCAUGCAAGUGAAAGCACAAGCAGAAAAUAAUGAGGAAGUAAACAGAAUUGUUUCAGAAAAUGAUAAUUUAAUUGAGGACACAGUUAAAUCUGAUCCAUUAGUAAUUUCUGAUUCUAGACCUGCUCCACAAUUAGUCUCUGACAACAAAGAUGCUUCCUCUGUCACCGCACAUAAUAAAGAAUCCAGUUCAUCUACAAGCAAAUGUUCUUCCAAAUCUGCUAAUGCAACCGUAAAUGAAGAUGUGAAACAAGACUUUUUGAAUGAUAUAACACCCAGUAGUCUUAAAAAAAUGAAACAAAGUAGUAAUACUGAAUCGCCCAGAAAAAAAACAAUAAAAGAUGCACAAAUUCUUGGGGUAGAUGAUUCAGAAGAAGAAUGUGACAAAAUUCAGGAAGAGCACAGUAAAAUACUCGUGAGGGGAGUGAAAUUAAAGAAUAUGGAUCUUUGUUCAACUGAUUGCAUGAGUCCCAAACAAUUGUUAGAAUCCAAAGGGCAAGUAACAUCAAAUGAAAGUAAAAAAGUUCCAGAAUACAAAAGAAUAGAUGCUGAGGCAGCGGUAGAGAGGUCUUUUGCCCAUGCAAGUGAAUUAAGAAAGGAUGAACAAUCUAGUGCAGUGAGCAGCCUACGAGAGGAUGCACCUGUUGCACAAAUAACUGACAGCGUUGCUGGUAGAUGUAGAAUGCUUGAAAUCAGUGUGGACAGUGGUGAAGACCAAACAGGAGAAUAUGCUGAUUCUGUAUCCCACAGCAGUGAAAGAUCAAGCAGUGGAAAUAAUUCCCUUACAUUGUUUCUGAGCAAAGAUGAAAGCGAUGAAUCUGAAAAUAGUGAUGUGGCAGACACAGAUACAGUGGAAGAGAAUAAGAGUUACAUGGAGGCAGAUGAAAGGACUCCUUCCAUGACCAAACCUUUAAAAAAGAAUUCACUGCAUGUUGAAGGGCUUUUUGUGAUUGAUACUGAGCCUGGCAUGGGUUCCAACCAAAAGUAUUAUCUAGAUCAGGUAGACCAAGCUAGUGAUGUUGAAAGUAAAUAUGAAGGAAAUGAAAAAGUUGAAGAAUCCUCAGAUCUAGAAGAGGCUGAAGAAGAACUGAUAGAUGAAGAUGAGAAAGAUGAAGAUGAUGAUUUAUUGAAAAAUAAAAUUGAUGUUUUGCAUCUUUCCAGCAGCAUAGACCCUGGCUUGAACAUUAAAAAGCUCGGAGGUUUAUAUAUAAGCUUUGAUGGAAAAAAACAAAAGCCUAGUUCAAGCAUAAUUAAACAACCGAUGGAGAAAAAGAAGGACCAGCUCUUGCAGAAGAGUAUAAUAACUCCAGAUUUUGAAAAAAAGGAAUGUGUCCCACCCUUCAGGGAAUCACUUCACCAGCUAAAGAAACAGCGCAGAGCAGAGCGAGAGAAGACAACAGGUGAUGGCUGGUUUGGUAUGAAAGCCCCAGAAAUUACAAGUGAACUUAAAAACGAUCUUAAAGUUUUGAAGAUGAGAGCUUCAUUGGACCCUAAGCAUUUUUAUAAAAAGAAUGAUAGAGAUGGUCUACCCAAGUACUUCCAGGUUGGAACUGUGGUUGAUUCUCCCAUAGACUUUUAUCAUAGUCGAAUUCCUAAGAAACAAAGGAAGAAAACAAUUGUUGAAGAGCUGCUUGCAGAUUCUGAGUUUAGAAGAUAUAAUAAAAGGAAGUAUCAGGAGAUCAUGAGUGAAAAAGCAGCUUUUGCAGCAGGGAAGAAGAAUCGGAAGAAGAAGAAAUUUCACAAUUAAGACUUGAAGAAAAAUAACAAGCUGGAACAACUUAUUUGUUAUAAAACUUUCCACAGAUUUCCUUGGUUUGUGGUGUGUUUUUUUUGUUUUGUUUUGUUUUUUUAAGAUUGGAAGUCAUGUAAAUUGAGGGUUAGGGAAACUUCUGCAGUAGGAAUGUGUUAGGAAGCUUUAUAAAAAAAAAAAAAAAAGAGUUUAUAUGUAAUGUAUAUUUAAUGUUUAUUUUUAAAGUUGAUGAUUUGAAAGCAUAUUGUUAAAUUUGAGAACAACAUCCAAAUUCAUUGGUUAUGUCUUGCUCAGUCUUCAGUCUUUAUGUGACUGAAUUAGUAAAUUUAGUUUAAAGUUAGGUGUGUAAUUCACCUUCACACCCAUUAUAUACAUUAUAUAUCGUAGCAAAUUUUCUAGGUCUUAUCAGAGGUGCUUCUGGCCAAAUGUAACAGGGGGUAUUGAGAAAUAGUUUGGUUGUGAAGAGUUUAUUUCAGCACUGAACGUAACAGGGAUGAGGAUGCUGUGGAAUUCAGCAUAUGCACAUAUAUACAAAUAAUAUAUGUAACUAUAAAUAAAUAUUAAAGUAUAUAGUAUUGCUUAUUCAUAAAAUAAUAUAGUAACUAUCUAUAUGCAAAAUUUUAACAUCCAGUCUUCUGUCACUUUUAUUAGCUUUUCCCUUUUAAUCAUUAUUUGAUGAUUUUUGUGAAAAGAAUUUGACAAUUGGGUCCAUUACCUAGGGUGUGGUCUGCAGAAUACGGUCUGGUAGCUGAUUUGGAAUAGUUAUUCAGGAAAAUGAAUAGAGUGAGUUUGGAAGAAUAAAGAUGGUAUUAGUUCAGUUUCCCUUCAGUGACAGUUCAUGACGUACUGUGACUGUGAAAAGUUUUGUGCGGUUUGUUUUUUAAUGACCUAGUUAUCAUAUUGCGGUUAGAGUCAGUUUAAUUCAGUUAUUGCAGAAAAGACAGAUAAUAGAAGAAAUAAGACUGCUACAUUGCCUCAGAUGGAUUGGGUGAGGAAUAUAUAAAAGAGAUUAUCAGAGGACCAGUGAUAUUUAUUGUUUUCUUGAAAGUACUGAGUUUUAAAGGUUGUUGAUUUUAAGUGAAAAGGAUGUUUUUGACCAGUGUUUAACUAUGAUUUUUUUUUCUCCUGAGAAUGAGUAGAUUUUUUAUGUGUUUUAUUUUAAGGAUAUUAGCUAUUUGUGCUGGAGGUAGCUAAAAUGAAAUGAGAAUCAUGGUAUUUACUGAUCACCAACUGAAAUAUGAAAGAAAAUUUCCCAUGAGCCUUUGGAUUUUUUUUAUAUUCUUUUGAAGUUAGCCAUAAAUAUUCAUUACCAAGCACAGACAAGGACAUAGAUUCCUUAAAAAGCACGAGUUACCUAGAGAUAAAUGGUGCACAAAGUAAAGUGAAUUUGCUGGGAAGUAUGAAACAUGUAGUUGUAGAACCACUUGCCCCCAGGUCCCUGCUACCAUGCAGAUACUAUUCUAAUACAGUUGUAUGUGAGCUAAAAUCUUGAACCUGUAAAUGAUAAAAAGACAAUAAAAACAACUAUGGUGUCUUGUUCUCUGGAUGAG